UAAAAAUGCUUCCUGAUGAGAAGGCUAGGCUGACUUCAUGACAAGCUUCAAACUGGCAGUUAAGGAGAGGUGGCCUAAAUCUGUUUCCAAGAACUGGCCAAUUCCAGACAAGUCCAGGCCUCAGAAGCUGCCCCACCACCUGGCCUGAGGCAAGGACAAUGGGUAAGCAACAGUUUCCAGACCUCCCCAGUAAGUUUCCAGCCCCCGCAGCCCUGCCAUGGAACGUCCAUAGAGAUGGACCUCACAGAUUAACAUAGAGGUCACCUGCCCCGGAAUUUCCUAAUGUGCUUUAAAUCAAACCUCCAAGUUAACAUGGGUGUCUAUUUUGGUAAUUCGAGACUCCAGCAUGCUCAACUUCUGCAUAAUAAGACACUCUUUGAGUUUUCAUACUAUUUGAGUCCGGAAUAUCAUUCUUUGGCACCCCUACUGGGCAAGCAUGAGAACCUGAAUUUGUAGCUCAAGAAGACACAUUAAACCAUGGUGGUGCACACCUGCAAUCCCAGCACUCACUAGGAUCUCUGGAAGGUCGAUACCAGCCUGGUCUACAUUGUGUGUUCAAGGCCAGCUAGGGAUGUACAGAGAAACACUAUGUUCCUCCCAAAAUGAUAAUGAUUUUUUUUAAAGCAAGGAUUAAAGCUUGAUGGCCCACAGUGGCCAUCCAGCAGUGGAGAAGCCGAGUCGGGGUCUAAUGCAAGUUCAUGAUCGGCUAGCUUCAGCUGCCACAGAAGCCCAUCUCAAAACAGGAAAAUCCCAGAGAUUUGUUUUCACUUCCUGUCGCCAGGGAACGCCAGACCUGCCGUUCGUGUUCAAAGAUUCUAUUUGAGUUGGUAAAGACAAAGAGAUCCAUAAGGGCAAGAAUGGAAGGCUAGAGCUGGGCAGUGGUGGCGCACGCCUUUAAUCCCAGCACUUGGUGGGCAGAGGCAGGCGGAUUUCUGAGUUCGAGGCCAGCCUGGUCUAGAGUGAGUUCCAGGAACAGCCAGAGCUACACAGAGAAGCAAUGUCUCGAAAACAAAACAAAACAAAACAAAGAAUGAAAGGCUAGGAGCGCAAAAUAGGCACCGCGCGACUCGCAUGCAUUAGCCAGCUUCGCCCACAGUGUGGCGCCGAAUUAGGCGCCGAACCAGAUCCAGGAGAGCACCUCUGCGCAGGCGCCCUUUCCCAACAUACACCCCGUAGUGGGCGUAACUUGUGCUGCGGCCUUUUGCGUCGUUCUAGUGUCGCACUUUACGGCUACCUCUCAAUCCCACCGUAGAAAUACGGUGAGGCCGUCCGUCUUGUUCCUCUUUUUCAGUCUGGGGCGCGCGGUGGGCCGCCGGUGGGAGCGCGUGUGUCUGUGCCGCGGCGGAAGUUAUCGCUGCAGGGAAGAUGCUUCCCUUGUCGCUGCUGAAGACAGCGCAGAAUCACCCCAUGCUGGUGGAGCUGAAGAAUGGGGAGACCUACAACGGGCAUCUGGUGAGCUGUGACAACUGGAUGAACAUCAACCUCCGGGAGGUGAUCUGCACGUCGCGGGAUGGUGACAAGUUCUGGAGGAUGCCUGAGUGCUACAUCCGUGGCAGCACCAUCAAGUACCUGCGCAUCCCUGAUGAGAUCAUUGACAUGGUGCGGGAGGAGGCCGCCAAGGGCCGAGGGCGAGGAGGACCGCAGCAGCAGAAGCAGCAGAAAGGCCGAGGCAUGGGCGGCGCUGGCCGAGGUGUGUUUGGUGGCCGGGGCCGGGGUGGCAUCCCAGGUGCAGGCCGAGGCCAGCCCGAGAAGAAGCCAGGGCGGCAGGCAGGCAAACAGUGAUCACUCCCUGCCUGAGCCGAGCCCAGAACGGUGGGUGAGGCCUCAGGGCACCUUUGUGUGAAGCCCCACUUGGCGUCUGGUCCAGUGAAGUCCCUCGCUGGCCACUGACUCAGUUUCUGGAAGGUUCCGAGUCUGAGGUGCCUGUGGAGCCUUAGAUGCCCUUUGAAGGGCUGACUUCUUCCAGGCAUGUUUGAGUUUCAGUUGGAGCUGCAGGCUCAGCCCAUGGCGGCUCACCUGUCCUUUACCAGCCAUACCCUGUACAUCUUCUGUUUGAAAAAUAAAAGCAAACACCAUAGAAAGA